AGUGUUUGAUUGGUCAGCUGUUGCUCUUGGCGUCACUGCGCUGCCAGCUGAUCGGGAGGAGAGAAGCCGGUAUGAGGGGAGUUGAAGCGGAGACUCAGGACGCAGCGAUAUGUGGGCUAGGUUGUGAAAUUUAGGACGUAAGACUAAUGAUGUCGUAUUUAAGUUGAUUGAUUAGAUUCUUAAUGAUUUCUGUAACACUCUGUUGAGUUGUCUUGAGCAGGUUAGGAUGAGGUAUUUUAGCUCAGUCCCGCUUUAGCUCUUUGAUGUCAGGAGUGAUUUGAGGUUAAGGUGUGGCUUUCAGCAAAAGGACGAAUUACUUAAAUUGUAGCAGCGCUUACAAUAAAUUCUUCGAUAUUUAGAGUAAAGCAAUACAUUAAAAGUUGGCAAGAGAGACUGGAAAUGGCAUCGGGACGCGAUAUAGGUCAGAAUCGAACUUGAGUUCUCAAUGAGCCAGCCGCUUUUAAAUGUCGUAUGUGCGCUGCCUUGUGCGCCAGAACUGCGACUGAAUUGAAUCAUGAGGGUUUUAACGGUUUUCCCGAGGAUUUGAUAUGCGUGUGUUAAAUCCAGGAAGCGUUCGGUUACACGACGGAUUCUAAAUCGUUCGAUGACCGCUGCAACAUUCGUUGUAACUUUUCGGAAGUGUGUGAACCCACUUCAGAACGAAUGGAAUCUGUUACAUUCCAUUGGAAGAAAUCGCGAGAGCGUUCGGUUCAGAGUUGAGUCGUACAGGGCGUGAGCCGUCCGCUAGUAGACAGUAUGUAGGCAGUAUGAGGGGGAAAAAAGCCAUUGCGAAGAUAAAAGGAUGUUACGCCAAUUUUAUGUGGUAUCUGGAAGUCGAACCGCUUACCAUUAUGACAUACGAAGCAAUCGACGAGAGAAAUCGAGAAUUCUCCCAAGUGAAGUAACGUAAGUAGGUGUUGGACAUUCCUCAUUAAAGAACUUUUCGCUCAAAGGUGUUUGUCGAAAAACUCAAUAUCGCACCGAUACCGAUUUGACGCUAUUUUGUUAAGUCAAGAAGCCUACAUUUAAAUAAAUCAGACGGAAGAGCUGAGAAUUAACACUGUAUUAACACGGACAACUGAUAUUAGCCUAACAGUGGGCGUUACACUGCUUCCAGUUACAAUAUAUUAAACUCAAAUCGCCUGACGUAUUUUUUUUUCUAUUUUACUUGCUCGUUUUUCGUAGUUGCAUUAUAUUUAUGCUCAUUUUAGACUUUCGCAAGACGACAGUGAAUAGGUCUUAAAGGGGCAAUUAACCUAAAAUGAAUAUUUAGUCAUCAUUUACCCACCUUGAUAUUACACAACCUUAGUCCCCAUUCACUUUCAUUGAAUAUAUAAAAGAUCCAAUAAAAGUGAAUGGUGACUUGCCCUCCUAUUCCGCCUCAUAUUUUCUCCUGUUGUCACAGAAGAUAAAAAGUUGUACAGGGUUGUAAAAACACGAGUGUUAGUAAAGGACAGUUUUUUUUUUUUUUUUUGAGUGAACAGUCACUUUAAUAUAAAGCCUAAUAUCCAUACACGGAGUUUUGUAGUUUAGGGGUCUGUUCAAAAUACGAACUGCAUGAGCAACAGGAGAUUGUGCUAUACGAGAGUUGGAAAAGAUCAAAAUUGUAGUUUUGGGUAGUUGGAUGGUUAUAUGUAAAACAUGGAUUUGGCCACGACACGACACAACGCGUAUACAUCGUCACUGAUUCCUGUGAGGCGAGAGCAUGGCAAAUUCCUCAAGACCCCACCCUCCUAACAUCUGGCGUGAAGACCCCCGUUCCAUACCAAUAUCAACAGCAUGUCAUUAAAUGGAUUUCUUCUGAAUGACGUCUGACUGCUGAAGGGAAAUGUUUGUUUUGUGAACCCAUUGUCUGGUCUUGCACUUGUGUUCGGUGCUUAAAGAGUUUAUUCCUCAUUCAAGCGUGGCUAAAAGAUACCGAAAUAGAGGAGUUAAAACUCCCUGGACAGUCCGUGCACUGAAUGGAGAAAUCACUAAGGAGGAUGUUUGAUUGCUAUUCAAGGUAUCCGCUGUUCAAAUGCUUCCUCUUAGUUUUUGACAUUUAUUGGCUUUAUUGUAAGGCCUAGUUCAUAUUUUUGCUUCCUCUUUAACGUUGGGCCAUCAUGGAAUUUCAUGAAUAGAUCAGUGUCGACGAACAAACCAUAGCAUGGAACUGCGACAACUGCAUUUGUGGACAUAUGAGGAAAAAUGUCAUAUCAUGGAGACUUUUGGAACCACACCCUUAGCGUUACACAUUUUCACUGUUCUGCUGGCCUCUUUGACAUUCAGAUUUUUUUUACACUCUCAUUUGUGGAGAUUCGAGAGUUUUUAAGUGGUUUUUCUGGAUUCUUGGCAUACAUUCCACCAUUGCCUCCGUAAUUGGUGCGGUAUCGUGCCACACAGACUGUGAGUGGGUUUUUUUUUUUGCAGAUGAAGCUCGCUGAGACAGUGAUUUGCCUGUUUGGCAGGUUGCUGUAGUUGUCUUGAGUGUGGGAGGGGAGGAUCUCAGAAGAAGGUCUGCUGUUGUCUCAAGGACAGCGGAGCUUCCCGUCUGUGCAGCCCCGCAGUCCUGUGGGACCAAAUGCUGGACACUCAGGCGUUUUUUUUCCACGAGGUUUCAGGAAGCGAUCCUGCAGAGCUACUGUCUACAUUUUCAUCCACAGGAACGUUACGCAGUUAGAUUUCCUUGCAAAACCUUUUCGCUGCGAUGAUUCGGCACUGUCAGAGACUUGUAGAGUUCGAGAGUGAGUUUGCUUCUGCUGUCUAUCCUGAGGGACCUGUAUAAUCUCCCUUUGAUUAAAUGGGCUGCAGGCUUUGUGCUCUACACUGCCGUGUAAGUGACCCAGUUUGGGGUUUUGUGCUAUUGUUCUUCAUUGAAUUUCUGUCCUCGACAUACAAGGCAGUGCACACAUAUGAUGCCCCGAACUCUAAAUAACGAGCUCCCUCAUUCUAUACAUGGAAAAACGGGUUUUUGUUUAAAACCUGUUGACUUCACUUGUGGGCUAUUUCUCUGUCUCUUUCUCUCUUUUAAGGCAGCCAAGCUAGUUCACCUCAGCAGUACAGAGUGUGAGCUGGCCCAGCUCUGUGGGAGGGGGGAGUCAGUCCAGAACGGCGUAUCUCAGACAGCAUGGAGGGCCUCUGCAGACAAAAUGGAAUUUAUACCAUAUGUACCAGGCAUCCCAAGAAUGCAUGGCACAGAGACUUGACCAACGGAAAGCACUACAAAAAGCGCAAUGGAAAGGAUCCUGCCACACCCUAUUCCCACAUUUUCUGCGGCAUAUUGGGAACAGACUCCGGGAAGCCCACUGGCUGACCUGCAGCAGUUCUUCACUGGCAAGCUUUAUGUCCUUGUGUACCAGCUAAAGCUGCCAGCUGAAGAACUGUUGUGGUUUGCUCUUUCCUGGCACGUUGGCACAGAGAUGGCGAUGCAGAGGUAAUGGCAUCAUUCCAAACAGUCGAUGAGGCAGUCUCAACCAUUCCUGGAGCCGAUGGAUCCCAUUUUUGUCGGCCCCUUCAGCAGCCUGCUCACGUGAGCUGUCUGAGCUUGGAUAUUCAUUCAUCUCAGGCAUAAACAAAGGCUACCAUACAGGGUCCAUGCUGACUCAGCCACAUUCCUGGCCCAGUGAGGGUCCCUUGCCCUUAUUUGGGUGUGGAGUGGCAUUCUGUGCUCUCAACCGAGCUGACAGAGGUGGCCAGCUUGCUCUUCAGCUGUAGCGAAUGGUAGACCUGACAUUUAGUCGGUAGACCGAAACAUUGAGUACUACUGAAAGUAGUGUUCUUCUAGAGGUUUUCAUGCAUUCUCGAGACAUGCCCAGGCUUUGACGUGUUUGUGUGUUGAAAGUCGCAGAGAUCCUCCAGGGAACAAAUGAUGAAAGACUGCAGAGCGUAACUUUCUCUUUCCCUUUCGAGGCUGUUCUAUGAGCUUGUGCACACUGUACGCAUAUAACCUUGGUCACACACACAGAUCAGUCUAUAUGAACAUCCUCGUCACGUCAACUGACCUUACGCAAGCAGCAAAAACUCCUCAAGGCUGAUUCUUAAGCAUAGAAAACAGGAUAUGAAAAUGCAUCCCUCUAAAUCCUCCCAGCCAGAUGAAAACUGAGAAUAUUCUAGGCAUUUAGCAGAACCAGAUGCCGCGUGCCUUAAAUAUGCUCCUUGUUCCUUUCCCUCCAAACGUGUACAAGAUCCUUCCACUCUCUCCCCAAACUUUGCACAUGUAACAGUACCUAUAGUCCUGACCUCAUCCCAAGGGCUUCUUCAGGUCAGGGGCGAAGAUCGCCUCCGUGAUCCGCUCUAGUCUAAUGUCAAUCUCUCCACAAGUGCAUUAAAAGAUUGUUGAGGGUCGUCGUCUCAGCUGCUCUUAAAGAAGCUCGGCCUGUCUGUGUUUCAGGUGCACUUAGGCCAUAGAUAGUACAGUGCGCUACUCUCGUUUUAACCCUCUUUAGGGCCAGACGGUAAGGGUUAACACCUACAUUUACAUUAGAUUGCUAUGAAAGUCUAAAUUAACUCUAUUGAAUGAUGUGUUGCUCAAAUAAAAAAUAAAAUGGCUUUGGGGAAGACUUGCCUUGUUUAAUUUUGCUUCAAAUGAAAUGAUUUAUUUUUUGUUGUGGUUCUAAAUUCUAUGAAUGUGAACAUGAUUUCUACAUCUUUUUUAAACUUUACAUGGUCAAGAUUCAAUUUAGUGUAAUAGGUUACAGUUAAUGUAUUCAGAAAGGUCAUUUUGGAGCCUCUUUCCCACCAUUUAAUAAAGCGGUACUAAUUGAUUUAACUGCAAACUGUGAAACAAAACACUCUUAAAUCUAAAUAUAUUUUUUCAGGGAGUUAUUUAUCAUUCAGUCAUGCCUCUCAAAGCAUUCUUUCACAGAACAGGCCAAAAGGCAAAAUACAUUGCAUGCUAUGAUCUCCCAUAGACUUAACUACUAACUGUAUGUUAAUGCUGUUUAUUUUUUUUGGUCCAAUAUUUUCUUUGCGGGACAACUUGUGCAUGUGAACAUUGGUCAUUGAGCCCUUUUGUUUAAUUAAGGUUGAGUUUGAAAGGGCCCCACAAGUGUAAAAUAAUCCCAAAUGGCAGAGGUCAUAUCAGGGUAAAGGGUGCUCGGAUCACCUACCAGGGAUCUUCAGCAUACCUUCGACACUUUAGAUAAUGUUUAAACUUUGGGUCGAAAGCACACGUCCUGAACAAUGGGCUGUUUUGCAUUCAGAAGGAAUUUGUAAAGCUGUAUAAUAUUCUUCAAUUUGAACAUUCUUCUAAACAUAUUUAUUCACAAAAAAACAGCCAUGAUCUGGUUUCUGUACAACGUGUGCAGGCAUAUAUUAUUAGGAUUAUUAUGAUUUUCCGAAAAUAAGGUUUGUCAUGGUAUAAAGUAAAGGAAAUAAAAUUCAUGGAAUUUUGGAUCAAGUCAAGUUGUUCAGUAUGUGCGUUUCAUAAAUGAGGCACUUGAAGUUAUUAUUUUUUUAUUUUUUUGUCAUGCUUUGUUUUUUGCAAAUGCUAAGGAACUGCAUCUGGAACAACUUGUUCAGACUAAUUCAAUUUAAAUUGGAAUGGACACAGGAAUUUAAGAUUCGUUGGUACACCAUGUUUCACACGCCAUUUUCCACACUCAUUCACACAAAAUCUGUUCACGAAACAGAAGUCCAUUUGGGUGGACUGCUGAACCAUUUAUCUCCACAUGGACUGCUUGGACACAAGUGAGAGAGCAGAUCCAGACUUGAUGCAAAGGGGUUUUACAACUCGUCUAAAUUCCCCCCAUCCGCAGGGUUAAAGCUGCUUAACCAGAUUACCUUGAGUUCCAGGCAAGCAGGAGAUCAUUCACCUGACGAAACAUCUGUGUCGUAACACUGUUCCAGCAUCCUGCAAUCCUGCCUGACCUUUGGCAUGUGGCACGCCGGUGCCUUUUUCCUUUUACCGGGUCAAUGUACCACAGUCUGCCUGUUGCACAGCGGGUGUCAUGUAACCCGUCUGACUGGCAAGCGGCACAAUGUUGUAAUUCAGUACCGCACAAUGGCCUCAAGAGACUGAGGGUGAUUCAUGGUGACUGUUCGCUUUUAAAACCAGGAAGAGUCACAUGAAAUGUAAGGCUGUCAUUCUCAUGUACAACAUUUACACUACAGGGCUCUAUAUUUUUAUAUCCGCAUCCCACCUGAUCCUUUCAGCUCAUGUCAUUGACACUCACUGCGGGAAUGGCCUUUGGCCCAGAUUUCCAGUGUUUAAAUGUUCCUCGUUUGUUUAAAUCAGUGCUGACGUAUUGUACAUGACCCCUCCUUUACUUCUUGUCAGUGUGCAUUAAAGAGAUAGUUCACCCAAAAACCUUAAUGUAGUUCCAAAUCUGUAUGACUUUAAUUUGUCCAUGGAUCACAGCAUAAAUAUUAACCUUCAUCCAUGUAUGUUUUUUUGGAAAUCAGUUUUUUGACCUCAUAAUAAAAAUUUUAUAACUACAAAUUCUCCAGUCACUUAGUCUGAAUAACUUACUAUUUUCUAAAAAAGUUGCCUGCAAGCUUACACACUGAUCUACCUCCAUUUAAUCAAUAAUGAACAGACAGAACCACAUCCUGCUCUGCAUGUUUUUUUCUUUCUCUGUAAUGUUGCAUUUGGAUGGAUGUCACUAUGGAAGAAAAAAAAACUUUAAUUUCAUUGCAACUUUUAACCAAUAAGAACCCUCUAGCUCUCACACUAGCAUGUGUUUUUAUAUAUCAUGUUUCUUUCUCGAAUUAACUUGUUUUUGAGCCCUGUUAAAAAUUGUGCAAAUACAUGCAUAUUUGAUAAAUCUUCACCUUUCUUUUUUUAAAUGGGGACAUUUGUAGGGGCUUCAACUCCUGGUCAAAAACAAGCGGCAUUCAUAGCAGGUCCAUGUUCAGGCCCUGUGUGAUCAGAGCCGCUCCCCACAGUCUGGUGAAUUCAUUAGAUGCUGCUGGAAAAUCCCAUAUGCAGCGUGUCUGAGGGCCGGAUGACUCAGAGCAUAUGUACAGCCACCAAUGUAUGAGUAAGUAACUGGCCUCCUAGUUAAAUGAAGCAGUGUGAUACAUAUAGCAGCAUGCAGCCGAACAGAUCCAGAAAUAGCCUCGGGAGAGACCCUUAUUGGGAAAAUCCUAGAGGGAAAAGGUGAAAAAUUUAGUACAUUUUUGAGCAGUACGUAGGAGGGAUGGAUAGAGAACAGGAAGAACAAAAAUGUAGGGAAAAAGCAGUUCAAAUUCCUUGUGAAUCAUUAAUCAGUCAUCUCUGUGCCUUCGUGCUUAAACCCAGCAGUGACGUCAUCACAGGACCUGUCCAGCAGACGCUGAUUCCCUUCUCUGUUUAAAGGCUUGUUAUGUAAUUCCAUGGAAAGUCUGACCAGGGGAACUACACGGGCUAGACAAUCUCAUUAAAGGGACAUGACGCCUCGGCUUACGUCUACCUCUCCCUCCAUCACAAUUGAGCUUUGAGCCACGCAUUUAUAUCACUCUCAGUCUUUUUUUAUAUCACUUUUAUUUCCUGUUGGUCACACUUCUGAUAUAAAGUUGCUUGAAUAUUAAUGACACUGUACAUACAUCAAUUUUAUGUGAUUCUCUGACCUCAUUAUGUGAUUUUCUCUGUCAUGGGGCUGUCAUGUAUCUGAAAGAGAUGAACUGUGAUGCCAAGUGACAAAACGUCAGAUUGUUUUAUAUAUAUAUAUAUUGUAUAGACAAUUACAUUUAAAAUACAAUUGCCUAUAUACAACAAUACUCUUUGAAGUAUCUAGUGGGAUAGUUUAAAUAUCUCAGUCCACCACGUCAUUGACACGCAGAGACAAUAAAUAUAAAGCUGUUCUGCAGCAGUGCGGUUUGAGGAAUGUAUGUAGUUCCUGUUUCCUCGUGAGGAGUACAGUGUGUCCAUGUGAACAGGGUGACAUGACAUCCAACAGCAGCAUGGCAUGGGGCCUAGCGCUAUUGUUUGAUGAAAAAGGAACAGUGGCGUUUCCCACACUGGCUCAUUGUCGCUCUCAGCUGAUCUGUCUCUACGGGCUGAGGCCUGUCAAACCCUGCAUUUAGGUAAGUAAAGCUAUUUAAGUAAUGACAUAUGAGGAAGAAAGCUCUUAGUCAUGAGGCUGUUGUACAAUACUGUUUCGAAAAAAAAAGACGAUUGUAAGAUAUUGCAGCAGUACAACAGUUAAAUAAACAAGAAAUUAAUAUAGAGUAACUAACAUUUUACAAAUGGUAAUAACAGUUAUUUUGUCUAUGUGUGAUUCAGUGACUCAUUCGUAAAGACAUUAACAAUGUAACCUGCAGAAACAAUCACUUAAAAUCUCUACCACUAAUGUAUGCACUGACAAUCUGUCUGGAACACAGACAGCUCAGCCAAUCAAAUUCAAGGAUGACACUAAUUGUUGUAUAACGGGCUGUGAAUGUUAGCUAACUGUUGCAAAUACCAUCAUGCACUCAAGCUUAAGAGCCAAAAUGAGCUUGGACUUGCAUAUUUGAAGAAAUGGUUGAUAGCUGUAUGCAAAUGCAUCUUAGAUUUUUCUAUAACCAGAGCAGCUUUUUAAUAAUAGAUUGCAAUAAUAGAUAGCAUUUUCUGGCAUUGUCACACACAGGCUCCCUCAAACUCUCUCACGCUCUUUCUCUUUCUUGUGGCUAAUUGACGCAUUUUUCCAGUGGAGAGGUUUGCGUUUGAUUCAGGGGAGGUCAGUGAGUGCGUUUGGGUGGGUCUGCAGUCUAAGAUGUUGGCACAAGCUCUGUGAGGCGCUCACCUGAGACCUUCACUUGCAUCCACACCCUGAUAUCCUUGGAAUGCGUGUAUUUAUGUUUAUUCAUAACCUUUCCUGUAAACCAAUGCAAGCAUACAUGCCUUUGUUCACCUGUGAAGGCUUAUCUGACAGGAACAUUGGCACUCUGGCACAGGAUUGUUCAGCAUGAAGCACAACUCUUUGAGAAACGGCACUAAUCCUAUUCCUGACAUCCGAUUAUUCCGAAGAACAUGGAUUUUUGUCACACCCUCAUCAUGUGGUUAAGCAACAAUGGGGAUGAAUUUGAUAUUACAUCAUUAAACCGAGUUGUCCACUUAUUUGUUUUUCAUUCAGGGGAUCUUAAGGUGGAACUGAUAUGUUGCGAUGACUCCAGAAUCAAAUUCCUUAGCAACAUUUCUACAUAAACACAGAAGAUGUUGUGUUUUUCCACAGCUUCCCUGCUGCCCGCAUUCUUGUGAGCGGACUGUUUAGUGGACCUUUUGCUCUGGCUCUCUGCAUGGAGGAAUGUGAUAAUGCAUCCCAGCUUUGGCUUAGCCCUCCGGCCGGCCGCCUCGGUCUCUGGCUUCCCAACACGUGUCUGACUCUGACUCCCACUCCCACCACCCCCAGAGACCUGCGGGACCCGAGAACGCCACACACUGUGCACUACCCCGAGAGAUCUGCUUCUCCAGCGUCACACUAGCAGCACCUUCAACAGCUGUGUUACUCAUGUGACCAAAUGUCAAAGGCCUGGGAGAGCGGCAUGUGUCGGAGCUCGGCACCAGCAGUGCUACAACACACUCUUUGCGAUCCAGCUGUCGGCCACAUGUGUGUGAUGGGGUCGUUGAGUCCAUACACGGCUCUACAUCAUAUCCUUUCUUUCGGCGUUUCCUGUAGAACAGUAUGUUGGGAUUGAACAGAAGGGCGGCUGAAGAACCCCAGCUUCGUCCAGAAUGUUCUAGGCUCUUCUGGUUGUGUUUGUAGCGUGAAAAUGCUGAGGAAAGCCCUUCUGUGGAUGAGAAGGUGGGGCUGCUGGGCCUAAUCCUGUUAUCCCAGCCUUCUUAAUCCAGAUCCAGUCAGUCUUUACACCUCUCCAGUCACACAAUCACAAACACACUUCCAAUACAUAUUUAUCUGACAUUAUGGAGGACAGCAUGAUGCUGGGUGUUGAAGGGAUCAAGAAACGCAUCUUGCAUGGAGGGACCGGUGAGAAGCCUAAAUUUGUCACAGGAACUAAGGUGAAGUUUCAUUUCCGCACUCAGCUCUGCAAUGAUGAGCGCACCGUGAUAGAUGACAGUAAGAAGGCAGGUAUGCCCAUGGAAGUGGUGAUCGGGAACAUGUUCAAACUGGAUGUUUGGGAGACUCUGCUCAUGUCUAUGCACAUAGGGGAGGUGGCGGAGUUCUGGUGUGACGUCAUUCACACUGGUAUGUAUCCUAUCGUGGCAAAGAGUCUGCGGCGUAUCGCAGUGGGGAAAGAUCCAGUGGACUGGCACAUUCACACCUGCGGCAUGGCCAACAUGUUUGCCUACCACAGCCUGGGCUAUGAUGAUCUGGAUGAGCUUCAGAAAGAACCACAGCCUCUUUACUUUGUGAUGGAACUUCUGAAGGUACAGCAGCCCAGUGAGUAUGACAGAGAGUCGUGGGCUCUGAAUGAUGACGAGAGAUUGAAAGCGGUACCUGUGCUCCACGGUCAAGGGAACAAGCUCUUCAAACAGGGCCGAUAUGAGGACGCCACACUGAAAUAUAAGGAAGCCGUUAUGUGCAUCAAGAAUGUGCAGACAAAGGAAAAGGCAUGGGAAGCUCCUUGGCUGAGACUGGAGAAGAUGGCCAACACGCUCACUUUAAACUACUGUCAGUGUCUGCUGCACAUGGAGGAGUACUACGAGGUCAUCGAACACACAACUGACAUCAUCAACCAACACCCUGGGGCAAUGAAAGCCUUCUAUCUGCGUGGAAAAGCACACAUGGAGGUGUGGAAUGAAGCUGAGGCCAGAGAUGAUUUCACGAGAGUCCUGGAUCUGGACCCAGGCAUGAAAAAGACAAUCAAGAAAGAGCUUGCCGUUCUCAAAAUGAGAAUGGAGUUAAAAAAUGAGGAGGACAGACUGAUGUACAAGGGCAUGUUCGCAAAAAUGGCGAGAGAGCAAGACUCUCUAGAGCUGGAGAAUCCAGAUCAAGAGAUUUCAGAGCAAACAUCUCCAGAACAAGAAACAACUCAAGAAAAAGAGAGUGCGGAGGCACCGCUAGAGAAAACAGGUGAAGAACAAACAACUUCAACACAAACAUCCCCUGAGCAAAUAACUUCAGCACAAGAAGUUUCACGAGAAGAAACAUCCACUGCGCUAUCAAGUUCUGAUCAUGAGAUACCAGAACAAUCACCUCAAAAUGUGACUCCAGAACAAACUACCACAGAAGAAGCUACUCCAGAACAAUCAGAAGCAGUGCAAACAUUUCAGGAGCAAUCAGCCUCUAAAGAAACAUCCCCAGAACAUAAUACUCCAGAGCCAACCCGUCCAGAACAAGCAUACCAGGAUCUUAUAACUUCAGAACAAAUGACUCCAGCUGAAACGACACCAGAAAACACCAGUCAAUAAGUCUUAAUUAUACUUUUUUUUAAAGAGAGGUGCAAUAACGAUGAUGUGGGAUAAAGCUGAACCCUUCCGACUUUUUCCUUCUGACAUUUUUUGUUGCAUUUCUUCAUUUAUUCUACAUUAUGAUGUAAAAUUGAACAUAGUGUGACUAGUUUUGCCAGAUUAUCUAAUAAAAUAGUACGCAAUAAUUUGCUUUGUUGUGGU